CCUAAUUAAAAAAAAGUUCAGGUUUAAAAUCAACAUGUUCUCCUAAUGUCUGUUCUAGCCAAGUAUAUAUCCUUUUCCAAUAAUUUUUACUUUUUCACAGAAUUAUCAGAAAAAGAUUCAUACAUCUAUUCAAUUUCUGUCAGCUGUUUUUAAGAAUUUCUGUGAAGAGCAUCUCAUUAUUUACACCUGCCUGGCUGAGGAAUUCUGGGAGUUGAAGUCCACAAGUCAUAAAAGGGACAAGUUUGAAGACCCCUGGUUUAAAUGAAGGAUUCUUCUGAGAAGCCCAGGCUCCUUCCAAAUAAUUACAAAUGAACAGAAGGACAUUGAUGGAUAUCCCCCAAAUGUUUCCCUUUUGGGAUGGAGGAGAAAAAGCAGCUGGGCCUCCAACUCAGAUCUCUAUGUCUUUUGAAGAGGUGGCUGUGUACUUCACAGAAGAGGAAUGGACACUGCUGGAUUCUAGCCAAAAAUCUUUGUACAAGGAAGUCAUGCUGGAGAUUUCCAGGAAUGUGGCCACUCUCGGUUAUGAUCAAGAGAAUGAGCAUGACAAGGAGUCAUGGGAAGUGCCAUUGCAAACAAUCAAGCAGGAGGUGGAAGAACUGAUUAUUGAAAAGCAAGGGAAACAAAGAAAGCAAGACAGAAUCUACUCAAAGGAUGGAAAGGAGAAAUUUCCUCCUCUGUGUGUUGAACUCCCUAACUUCCCUAUCCAGGCAGAUCUGAAAAGAAAGGAGAAAUACCCAGAAUGUGACAAAAGAGAUGACAAUAAAUUUGAUUUCAAUGAAUAUUGCAAAACCCAGACUAAAUGGAAACCAUAUAAAUAUAGACAGCAUGAGGAAAGUAUCGAUCUUCCCUUCCCUCAUAAUUUACCUGCAAAAUUCUGUAGGAAAAAUAAGCCACCUAUGUUUUUAAAAUCUGGAAAGAAUUUUAGGCUGAACCACAAUUAUCAGAGUUGCUCUGAAGAAUUUCACCUAAAGCAGAAACCACAUAAGUGCUCUGAGUGUGGGAAGAGCUUUAGUAACAGCAGUGUCCUUACUUUCCAUCUAAGGACCCAUAUGGAGGAAAAACCAUAUAAGUGUGUGAAACGUAAUAAGACUUUCCGUGGAAACAGUAUUCUUAUUUUUCAUAUUGGUGAGAAACGUUAUCAACGCAUGGAGUGUAAAAAAAGAUUAAUUGAGAACAAAGACCUUACUCAUCAUAAAAGGACCCAUAUAGGGGAGAAAUUAUAUAAAUGCAUGGAGUGUGGAAAAUGCUUCAGUAAAAGUAGACACCUUACUUGCCAUCAAAGGAUCCACACAGGAGACAAACCAUAUCAAUGCACUGAGUGUGGAAAGAGCUUCUGUAUGAGUAGAGAUCUUACAAUACAUAAAAGAAUCCACACCAAUGAGAAGCUGUAUAAAUGCUCUGAGGGCGGAAAGAGCUUCAGCAGUAACAACACACUCAUUUUUCAUCAAAGGACCCGCACAUUUCAGAAACGAUACGAAUGCAGAGUUUGUGGAAAGAGAUUUCAUAACAACAGUAUUCUAACUCGCCAUCAAAUGAUCCAUACAGGGGAGAAACCAUAUAAAUGCUUUGAGUGUGGAAAGAGCUUCAGGUUGAACAGUGAUCUUACAAUACAUAAGAGGAUCCACACAGGUGAGAAACCGUAUAAAUGCAUGGAGUGCGGAAAGUGCUUCAGUAAAAGUACGCACCUUACUUGCCAUCAAAGGAUCCACACGGGGGAGAAACCAUAUAAAUGCCUGGAGUGUGGGAAGACCUUUAGUCAAAAAGGUACCCUUAUUGCCCAUCAAAGGAUUCAUACAGGAGAGAAACCGUAUAAAUGCCUGGAGUGUGGAAACAGCUUUAGUCAGAGUGGUGCCUUAACUGCCCACCAAAGGAUCCACACCAGAGAAAAAUCAUUUCGACACAUGGAUUAUGGAAAAAACAUCAGCACAAGCAUUCAGCUUACUUGUGAUCAAAGGAUCCACAUAGGAGAGAAACGAUCUAAACAUUUGGAGGCUGGAAAGGACAGUAUCCUUAUGUCUCACCAAAUAUUCCACGUUGUACAGAAACCGUAUAAAUGUUUGGAAUGUGGAAAAAAUUUCAGCCUACACAGCAUUUUUAUAAAACAUAAAAGAAUCCACACAGGAGAGAAACCGUAUAAAUGUGCGGAGUGUGGAAAGAGGUUCUGUGAGAGCAGCAGCCUCAUGACGCAUGAAAGAAUCCAUACAGGAGAGAAACCAUAUAAAUGUACCGAGUGUGGAAAGAGCUUCAGUAGAAAUACUAUUCUUAGUCGACAUCAAAGGAUCCACACAGGGGAAAAGCCUUAUAAAUGCACAAUGUGUGGGAAAAGCUUCAGUUUUAACAGCGAUUUUACAGUCCAUAAGAGAAUCCAUACAGGGGAGAAGCCGUUUACAUGCGCAGAAUGCGGAAAGAGCUUUAAUACAAGCCCUCAACUUACUUGCCAUCGAAGGGUUCACACUGGAGAAAAACCGUAUAAAUGCUUGGAAUGUGGAAAGACCUUUCGUCAGAACAGCGCCCUUACUUUCCACCAAAGGAUCCACACUGGAGAGAAACCGUAUGAAUGUAUGGAGUGCGGAAAGGGCUUUCGUCAAAACAGUGCUCUUACAUCCCAUCAAAGGAUCCACAUCAGAGAGAAAAUAUAUAAAUGCAUGGAGUGUGGAAAGACCUUCAGUCACAACAAUACUUUUAUAAAACAUAAAAGAACUCAUAUGGGAGAAAAACCCUAUAAAUGUGUGGAGUGUGGAAAGAGGUUUUGUGAGAGCAGUAGCCUCAUGACUCAUAAAAGAACCCAUACUGGAGAGAAACCCUAUCACUGCACUGAGUGUGGAAAGAGCUUCAGUAGAAACAGUAAUCUUUCUUGCCAUCAAAAGAUUCAUAAAGGGGAGAAACCAUAUAAAUGUAUGGAAUGUGGAAAGAGCUUCAUUUUGAACCAUGAUUUUACCAUACAUAAAAGGAUCCACACAGGGGAGAAGCCAUAUAAAUGUAUGGAAUGUGGAAAGAGCUUCAGUAGCAGCAGCGCCAUUACCUAUCAUCGAAGGAGCCACACCGGGGAGAAACCAUACAAGUGCGCAGAGUGUGGGAAAAGCUUUAGUAGCAGCAGUGCGUUUACUUACCAUGAAAGAAUCCACACAGGGGAGAAGCCGUAUGAAUGUAUCGAGUGUGGAAAGAGCUUUGGUAGUAGCAGCGCCAUUACCUACCAUCGAAGGAUACACACUGGAGAGAAGCCCUAUGAAUGUAUGCAGUGUGGAAGGAGUUUCAGUAGCAGCAGUGCCCUUACUAACCAUCGAAGGAUCCACACAGGGGAGAAACCAUAUGAAUGCACAGAAUGUGGGAAAAGCUUCAGCAGUAACAGUGCUCUUACUAACCAUCUAAGAAUCCACACAGGGAAGAAACCAUACAAGUGCAAGGAGUGUGGAGAAAGCUUUAGAUGGAGCAAUUUCCCAACUAAUCUUUAUCAUCAUCAGAGGAUCCACAAAGGAAAGAAGCCAUAUAAAUGCUUAGAGUGUGGAAAGACUUUUACUCAGAAAGGCCAUCUUAUUUGUCAUGAAAGGAUCCACACAGGUGAUAGACCUUAUAAAUGCACAGAAUGUGGAAAAGCCUUCAGUACAAACUGUAAUCUGAGUCGCCAUCAGCGGAUCCACACAAGUGAAAAACCAUAUAGUUGCAAGGAGUGUGGAAAAACAUUCACAGAGAUUGGUGAUACUAUUUCCCAUCAAAGGAUCCAUACAGGAGACAAACCAUAUAAAUGCCUAGAGUGUGGAAAGAGUUUUAUUGUCAACAGAGAUCUUACUCAACAUCAAAGAUUCCACAGAGUGGAUAAGCCAUAUAAAUGCUUGGAAUGUGGAAAGAGCUUCACUCAGAAAGGGAAACUUAAUUCUCAUAAAAGGAUCCACACAGGAGAGAGACCAUAUAAAUGCAUGGAAUGUGGAAAGAGCUUUAUUGACAAAUGGCCCCUUAUUGUCCACCAAAGGAUUCAUACAGGGGAAAGACCAUAUAAAUGCAUGGAGUGCAGAAAAAGCUUUCGUCGGAACUCAGAACUUAUUCAUCAUAGGAGGAUCCACACUGGGGAGAAACCAUUUAAAUGCAAGGAGUGCGAAAAGAGCUUUGCUCGGAAAGGAUGUCUAACUAGUCAUGAAAGGAUCCACACAGGGGAGAGACCAUAUAAAUGCACCGAAUGUGGAAAGGGCUUCAUUACAAGGCGAAAUUUGACUCACCAUCAGAGGAUCCACACUAUUGAAAAACCAUAUAGUUGCAAGGAGUGUGGAAAAAGAUUCACUGAGAGUGGUGAUAUUAUUUCCCAUCAAAGGACUCACACUGGGGACAGACCAUAUAAAUGUCUGGAAUGCGGAAAGAGCUUUUUUUACAACAGAAACCUUAAAUCUCAUAAAAGGAUUCACACAGGAGAGAAACCAUAUAAAUGCAUGAAGUGUGGAAAGAGCUUUAUUGACAACUCACAACUUAUUCAUCAUAAGAUGAUCCACACUGGGGAGAGACCAUAUAAAUGCAUGGAGUGUGGAAAAAGCUUUGUUUGGAAAGGACAUCUUACUUCUCAUAGAAGGAUUCACACAGGAGAGAAACCAUAUAAAUGCAAAGAGUGUGGAAAGAGUUUUGCUCAGAAAGGAUGUCUUACUCGACACCAGAGGAUUCACACAGGGGAGAAACCAUAUAAAUGCACAGAAUGUGGAAAGAGCUUUGCUUGGCCAGGACAUCUUUAUUCUCAUAAAAAGACCCAUUCAGUGGAGAGACCAUAUAAAUGCUUGGAGUGUGGAAAAAGCUUUAACUGGAAAAGAGAUCUUAUUCAUCAUAAAAGGAUCCACACUGGGGAGAGACCAUACAAGUGCAUGGAGUGUGGAAAGCAAUUUACUCAAAGAAGUGCUCUUAUUAAUCAUGAAAGAAUCCAUACAGGGGAGAGACCAUAUAAAUGCACAGAGUGUGGAAAAAGCUUUACUCAAAGUGGGCCACUUAAUUCUCAUAAAAGGAUCCACCUGAAGGAGACACCAUGAAUGCAUGUAGUGUGGAGAAAGCUUUAACAAUCAAGACAUUUACUCAUGAAAGGAUCCAUGCUGGGGAAAAUCCAUAUAAUGCAUGGAGUGUGGAUAUAGUUUUACUGGAAAAGAACAUCUUACUCAUCAUGAAAGGAUCCAUGCAGGGAGGAAAUGGACAAAGUGGAAAAGGCUCCAGUAGAAAUUUAUCUGACUCACCAUUAGUCGAUCCACACGGAGAAAUCAUGUAAAUGCAGGGAAUGUGGACAGAGCUAUUCUCGUGAAGGACACCAUAAUUCUCAUAAAAAGUGCACACAGAAGAAACCAUAUAAAUCCAUGGAAGGAGCAUCAGAAUAAUCUUGGUCUCAAAUAUUUGAAUUCAUUAAGAGCAGCCAGGUCUUCCCUUGCCUACUUUGACUUGCACUUUUCUUCUCCCCACCCCCAUGAUGUGGAAAAAAAGAUGCAAAAUAUGAAAAGCUAUUCAGUUUCCUCCUUAUUGCCUAUCAUCAUCUCACUAUCUUUUGCAAAGGGAGGACUGAGGGCUUCCUUACUUCCCUCUUAAUUUACUAAAAAAACCUUCUAUAUAAAACAAUUCACGUUUAUCUAAUUUAGAAAGUAUUUUAAUCUGUAGAGUUAUGUUAAUUCCCACAAAAUACUGCUCAUAUUCUUUUUUGUCCUCUUAAGAUUUAACUAAACAAAUCUUGGCUUUUUCCUUUGUUAUCUUUUGACCAGGAUAAGGAGAAGUAAGAUCAGCCCCAGAAAGACAACAUCUUUUUGAGCAGUUUCCACCCAAUUAUUCCUCACCACUUGAGCUUCCCAACAUAUUUUGAGGAAGAAAUUCCUUAUGCUCUUACUGUCUUGGAACCUUACUAAUAAAACUCUUUAUAACCUGUAA